AUGGGACAGACUAACAAUGUAACAGAAUUCAUUCUUCUGGGACUCACACGUGAUCCAGAGGGCCAGAAAGCAUUAUUCGUCAUGUUUCUGUUGAUCUACAUUGUGACAAUGGUAGGCAACCUCCUCAUUGUCAUAACUGUUGUUGUGAGCCCCUCUCUGGGCUCUCCCAUGUACUUCUUCCUUACCUAUUUAUCACUUAUGGAUGCUGUUUAUUCCACUGCCAUUUCUCCCAAAUUGAUUACAGACCUACUCUGUGAUAAAAAGACUAUUUCGUUCUCAACUUGCAUGGGCCAGCUCUUUAUAGAACACUUUUUUGGUGGCGCUGAAGUCUUUCUUCUGGUAGCAAUGGCUUAUGAUCGCUAUGUGGCCAUCUGCAAACCGUUACAUUACUUGAAUAUCAUGAAACGGCAGGUCUGCAUUCUGUUGCUGGCGGUGGCUUGGGUUGGAGGUUUUUUGCACUCAGUGGUUCAACUUGUCUUUGUGUACAAUCUCCCUUAUUGUGGUCCCAAUGUCAUUAAUCACUUCAUCUGUGACAUGUACCCAUUACUCGAACUGGCUUGCACUGACACUUAUUUCAUAGGUCUCACUGUGGUUGCCAACGGCGGAGCCAUCUGCAUGGUGAUCUUUAUCCUUCUGCUGGUGUCAUAUGGGGUCAUCUUACGAUCUCUGAAGACUCACAGCCAGGAAGGAAGACGCAAAGCCUUGUCUACCUGCAGCUCACAUAUCACGGUGGUCGUCUUAUUUUUUGUCCCCUGUAUUUUCAUGUACGUUAGACCAGUUUCUAACUUUCCCAUUGACAAAUCGGUGACUGUGGUUUAUACAGUUAUCACUCCCAUGUUGAACCCUCUAAUAUACACCCUGAGAAAUUCUGAGAUGAAAAGUGCCAUGGAAAAACUCUGGAGGAAAAAAUUAAACGCAGGUAGAAUAAGAAUGCGUAUGCACACUGAACACUUCACAGGUAAUGCUGGAUAA